GAAAUAGCGAGCGCUCGUUCAUCCUCCUCUGUGCGUCCCUCCGCCAGCUGUCUUAACGUGCUCUUUUCUAAUUCUUCUCUUCUUCCGUAUUGUUUCCAAAAACAACGCAACAGAUCCUGCGUUAGGCACAUUUUAUCUAGACGCUGCACAGAAGAUCAGGGAGGCCCGGUUGCGCUCUCCCCCUCCCUUUCUCUCCCUCUCUCUCUCUAGUCGCCGAUGGGCCAGCAGAACACAAAAGAUACGAAGCGUCGCCGUGUGGGUCCUCCAGGCACCAGCGUUGGGGCCGCCACUCGCCAGCCGGGCGUCCGAUCCACCGCCGUGAACGACAGCGUGCUGCAGCAGACCUCCACCGGCGCCGCCCGCCACACCGACCCAAACCGCGCCCACAGCUCUAGCCGAGGAUCGCUGCCGAACAUGCCCUCCGUCGGCGGCGCCAACCAAGGCGCCUCCGCCACCACCUUCCCGAUCGUGCUACGCUAUCAAGACCAAGACGUGCGCGCCCUCAUCGAGUCGCGAAGGGCGGUGUACGUGGCGGUGGAGGCGAUGAACUGGCAGCCGCUGCCCAUGACCCCGAGCACGGACUCGUUCUACGCCCUGCUGGAGCUGCCGGCGGGCAACCACAACUACCGCUUCCUCGUGAAUGGCGUGGAGGCGGUGGACAGCUCGCAGCCGUUGGCGCCCAGCUCGGCCACGGCGAACUUACCCGUGCCGCCGCAGCCAACCCCAGACACCACCCUACCGCCGGGUGUCACGGCGAGUCAACCGCUGCCGCGGCCCUCCCCUGCGCGGGACGGCAAACCCGCCAACACGAUCUUCCUCAACGAUGUCCUCCUCACCACACGCGAGGAUGACGACAUCAUGGACAACGGCGAGGGCUGGGGGCAGGAGCCGAUUAUGUUUGAGGAGUCGCGCAAGUACCCGCCAAUUGUGCCGCUGCACCUGCGCUACACCCCCCUCAACACACCGCCGACGCUCGUGCGCUGCUCGCGUGACGGGCGAAUGGCGGUGAUGGACAGCGGGCUGGAGAACAACCCACGGAUGCCGCCCGAGCACCUGCCACUGCCGCUGAGCGUCACCAUCAACCACGUGUACUUUCAGCGCCGCGAGGAUCAUGCGGUGAUGGGCGUGACAACACGCUACUGCAAUAAGUUCACCACCGUCGUGUACUACAGGCAUCUCCCCAGCAGUCCCGUUGACUGCGUCGAGCCCGCUAAAGGAUAA